AUGGCCGACGACAUCCAAACCCGCUUCUCCCCUCAUAAGCCGCUUGAGCCCGAUGUCCUCAGCGAGCUCGAAUCCAUCAUGCGCCUCCACGGCCUCUCAGCUGAGGAUCUCUUCUUCAAGUGGGAAUCAUACUGCAUAAAGCUCGAUAUAGAUGCUCAGGACUUGGGUCUUGAGGCGCUUCGUAAUCUUAAGCAGAGCAUCCAGGACGAGCUCGAAAAUAGCAAUCGGAAAGUGCAGGUCAAGGCGGAGAGGAAGGUCGCCAACACGCAGAGGAGUGCAGCAAAAGGCGGAGAUGUCUUUGGGAUGUUGGAUGGGCUUGUUCCCAGCACGCCGGCUUCGGGGGCGAAGUUGAAUAGGGGCGCUGCGAGUGGGAGUGCGGUUAAGAGGAAGCUGGAUACACCAAAGGGCUUGACCAGCUCGCCAGCGACGGGGAUGAAUGAGCAACUCAAGUCUCUAAAUGGACUUCAACCUACGUCGUUCACCGACCGCGCGAACCCUGGAGAGACAGUAGAGAUACUCAACGACCGUCUUAACGCAGCCGAACCACCCAUUGCGCCCUUCUCAGAACCCCGAGUUAAACUCACAGCGGCCUCCGACCAAAAGAAGCUGUCAUACAAGCCAUUGGCCAUGAAACUUUCCGAAGCCAGUGAGAUUCUCGACGAUCGGAUCGAUAGCUUCAUGGCCCUUAUCCAGGAACAUCACAAGAUCGAUGAGAGCGAAUUUGGCAGCGCUGUUGCGCAGAGUACCACCGAGGUGGUGGCUGUUGGUCGAAUUGCUUCUGAUUCACCAGAGGGAAAACUCAAUGCUGCUUCACUGGUGCUGGAGACGUCGAGACGAACGGGAAUGGGUUUAAGGGUACCCCUGAAGAUGGACAACGUCCGCUCUUGGAGUUUCUUCCCCGGCCAGAUCGUUGCUUUCCGAGGCACCAACGCCUCAGGAAACGAGUUCGUCGUCAUGGAGAUUCUCGAUGUUCCUCUACUUCCUAGCGCUGCCUCGCUGCCUUCUGCGCUUGAGGCACACCGUGAGAGGUUCCGUGGAGGCCCCGAUGCGAUGGAGGAAGAUUCAGAGCCUGCACCUUUGAACAUUAUGUACGCUUCUGGUCCUUACACAGCAGACGACAAUCUUGAUUUUGAGCCUCUCCAUGCGCUGUGCAGUCAAGCAGGCGAUACCUAUGCAGAUGCGCUUGUCCUAACAGGCCCAUUUCUCGAUAUCGACCAUCCCCUUGUUGCGACGGGUGACUUCGAUCUUCCUGACGACGCAAACUUUGACCCUGACACAGCCACCAUGGCGACUGUGUUCAAGUAUCUUGUUGCCCCCGCCUUUAACCGCCUUGCAUCCUCCAACCCCCAAAUCACCAUCAUCCUCGUUCCCUCCGUCCGAGACAUCCUAUCAAAACACGUCUCAUGGCCUCAAGAUUCUAUCCCCCGUAAGGAACUUGGUCUCCCAAAGGUUGUCCGAAUCGUCACAAACCCCAUGACCCUUUCUAUCAACGAACUUGUUCUCGGUGUCUCAUCGCAGGACGUCCUCUCGCAGCUACGAGCAGAGGAACUCGUGUCUCGCAGCGGACCGCAACCGGGCGCUGAUCUCAUGAGCCGUUUGUGUCGAUACCUUGUUGAGCAGCGACACUAUUUCCCUCUCUUCCCUCCUACAGAUCGCUCCAAGCUACCUAAGACUGGUACCGAAGAGGGUGUGGCUACGGGAGCGGUUCUUGAUCUGAGUUAUCUGGAACUGGGCGAGAUGGUAAAUGUCAGACCAGAUGUUAUGGUCGUGCCUAGUUUAUUGCCCCCUUUCGCAAAGGUCGUUGAGAGUGUUCUCCUUAUCAACCCCGGCUACCUCUCAAAGCGUCGUGGCGCAGGUACCUAUGCGCGUAUGACACUAUAUCCUCCCACAGUAUCCAGUGGAAGCGGUGAUUCGAUGAUGGGUCAUCAAAUAUUCGACCGCGCUCGCGUAGAGAUUGUCAGGAUAUAA